AUGACAUUGAGUCACUCCAGUGACGCAAAAGUGGCAGCGGUCCAGGUGACAGCCUCGGGCCAGCAACCGCAGCCGCAGCCGCAGCAGCAGCAGCAGCAGCAGCAGCAGCAGCAGCAGCAGCAGCAGCAGCAGCAGCAGCAGCAGCAGCAGCAGCAGCAGCAGCAGCAGCAGCAGCAAUUGCUGCUGCAGAUGGUGGCGGCGAGCACCCCCGCUGGACCCAUCGCCCCGCCCGCCCUCGCGCUGCCGGGGCUGCCGCCGCUCGCACCAGGGCAGGCGCCGUUUGGGCUCGCUGGAGCGGGGGGUGGUGCGGCGGCGCUGCUCGCGGCGGACCCCUUCAAGCAGCCCAUGGUUCUGACCAUAGGAGAUCGCCAGGCGUACGUGGAGGACGCCAGUGACCCGCCCUCCAUAUACACAAUGGCGCGCCGAUGGCUCUUCAACGACGCCGCGCCCCCGCCAGAGCAUCGCCGCCCCGCUUCGCCGCCGGGGCCGCUGCUGCCGCCGCCCGCGCCGGAUGAUCUGGGGGAGGACGAGCCGCCCCUGUACCCUGAGGAGUCCGAGGAGUACGACCCCGCGGACGCCGUGCGUAGCCUCAAAAACCAUUGGGUGUCGGUGCGGCUGCACUGCGCGAAGCGGCGGCGGCUGAACGCCGACCGCUUCCGCGCGCGGCUGGAUUGGUUGGUCCCCAAAUUCGUGCCGCCGCCGCCCCCGCCGCCGCAUCAGCCGCAGCCGCAGCUGUUUCAGCAACCAGCGGCGGCCGCGGCGGCGGGCGGGGCGGGGGCGCAUGAGGCGCGGGCAGCAGAGGAGGCGGACGUGGAUGGCGGCGGCGGGGGGGAGCGGAGAGCGGCAUCAGCGAGUCAAGAGGCGACCGGGACGCCGGCUCCGGCGGGCGCAGAGCCGGGCGGCGCGGGCCAGCAGCAACAGCAGCAGCAACAGCAGCAACAGCAGCAGCAGCAGCAGGCGCCGGGCGUGCCGCCCGCGCCCGCCCAGCAACUGAUCGUGGCGCGCGCCGCCGCGUCCUGGCGGCCCCCCCUAAUGCCGGCGCCGCCGCCGGCGGCCGCUGCGCCGGGGCUGGGCGCGGUGCGGCAGCAGGCGUCCCCGUCACCUGCGCCGCCGGGGCUGGCGCCGGCAGCGGCGGCGGCGGCGGCUGCGCGGCCGGCGGCGCUGACGGCGCUUGGGGCGGGCGGGCACAUCGUGCUGCCUGGCGCCGGGGCGGUGCCGGCGAAGGCGGUCGCAAAGCGGUCGAGCCCGGGGCUGCAAUGA